AGCAGCGACCAUGGCGGUUGGUUUCCUACUCAUGCUGGUCUUUGUCCUAAAUGAAGCUGAUGGUUCUCGUAUUGUUGGCGGUAGAGAUUCUGCCCCCCACUCACGCCCCUACAUGGCUUCGCUGCAAGUCGGAGGUAGCCAUAACUGUGGGGGAGCACUGGUGAAAGAAAACUUUGUCCUCACUGCAGCACAUUGUGCGAUACCUGUGCCAUACACAGUUGUGCUCGGCGUUGAUUCCCUGUCAGGUACCGAGACUACAAAACAGGAAUUCAGAACUGUCAGAUCUAUUCCCCAUCCCGAUUAUGAUCGACAUUCAAAUGAUAUCAUGCUCCUGAAGCUCAAUGGCAGUGCACAACUGACUGAAGCAGUGCAGCUGAUCUCUCUGAAAGCGAUCAGGGUGAGGACAGGGAGUCGCUGCCUCACAGUCGGCUGGGGGGACAUAGGGGAUAACAACACCUUACCCAACACGCUUCAGGAAGUCAACGUAACCACACUGCCACAGCGGACAUGUCGCAGGAGAUGGGGAUCAGUUCCCAUCGCUAGAUCAAUGGUUUGUGGUGUUGGGGCCAGAAGGUUUCAAGGCUUCUGCUCGGGGGAUUCAGGUGGCCCUCUGGUGUGUGAUGGAGCUGCAGCAGGCGUUGUCUCCUUCUCUGGCAGGCGAUGCGGAGACAACAGGACCCCUGAUGUCUACUCAAGUAUAUCCUCCUUCAGGGACUGGAUUACUGGAGUGUUAAACAGCAAAUAGGCAAAUCAGAUUUACUUAAUUAUGUGCCAGUGUGUGUGGAUGAUGGGGUUGUAUUCUUCAAGACAAGGCUAAUGUGUAGUGCUGUGUUGUUUGAUAUCUGUGCAGUGCUGUGGUUUAGAUGAAGGGAUCAAAUAUUAUUGUUUUUCCAGUUGGCACAUUUUGUUUUGAAAUGGGUCAAGAAAAAUUCCUUACAUCAUGCAUUCUCAAAGUUGACAGAGUGUGCACAGAAAUAAAGUUGGCAUGAAAAGUGUAUAAAUUAUAUUGCACACAUUUCUGUAUUGUUUUGAAAAUGUGAAAGAUGUAUUAACCUGACGAAUAAAGCCAUGAAUUCUGUUGUCAGCUCUGGAAGAAUAAUGUUUGAUGGGUCAAAGUUUUGUUCAUGUCUGCAUACAUGAUUGGCAGAGAGCUGCAUUUUUGCAUCAUAAUUGGAGCUCAGAUAAAGCCUGAGUAGAUGCAGUAAAUCUAGUUGGGUGGGUGAUAUCCUUUAUGCUCUUUAACUUGUUGAUUGAAGCUGUAUUGUGCAAUUUAAUGUAAUGAAUGGUGCAUUUGUUUUGUGAAUGUUAUGUAGGGGGGGUGUUUCAGGACACAAUGUCGAUAAUUGUAUCGUUAUCAGCUGGGACCAUGGCAGCCUAUAAAACAUCAGUUCACAUUUACAGCACACAUUAUCAGCUAAGAGGGUAAUUGUAAAAUUGGUCAUAACAGAUAGUAUGCCUUUGAUUGCAUUAUUUGCCUACAUGCAGAUUUGAAUCAUGGAAGUAGGUUUGGUUGGUUGGCUGUUUGUUUGGAACAUUAUUAUGAAAAUGAACUAAAAACACUUUUUCAAAGA